AAUAAAAAUGGCAUUUUCACAAGAUAAACUACUCAUCUUUGUUCUCUUAAUCUUUUGCGCCACGACAUCGCUUUCCGCACGCCCCCGCAAUAGGCAAUACACGCCUCCAAGUGUUCCUCACUUGACAGAUCUCUUCCCUCAUGUUUCUAUCAGUAAUGGCUUUUCCAACAUCUUUGGAGCCAAAAACUUCCAGCUGACUGGCAAUGGAUCCAUGGCAACUCUUGCUCUUGACAAAUCCUCAGGAUCUGGAUUAGCUUCAAAAAACGAAUACUACUAUGGAUUUUUCAGUGCUGCAAUUAAACUACCAUCUGGCCUCUCUCCCGGAGUUGUAGCGGCAUUUUAUCUGUCUAAUGCAAAUGUUUAUCCUCAUAAUCACGACGAAAUCGACAUAGAACUACUCGGCCACGACAAGAGAAACGACUGGGCGUUCCAAACAAACAUAUACGCAAAUGGAAGCGUCAGCACAGGAAGAGAAGAGAAAUUCUACCUCUGGUUUGACCCAACUGCGGAGCACCACCAGUACAGCAUCCUUUGGAACAACCAUCACAUUGUGUUUAUGGUGGACAACAUUCCUGUAAGAGAGUAUCAGCGCAACAGCGCGUACCCUUCAGUUUUCCCGUCAAAACCCAUGUCUGUUUACGCCACAAUAUGGGACGGAUCCGAAUGGGCAACUCAUGGUGGGAAAUAUCCUGUCAACUACAAAUACGCGCCUUUUGUGGUGUCGUUUGCUGACGUGGAAAUGAGUGGUUGUGUCGUAUCCAAUCCGACAGGCACGUGUUCCAAGACCAGCCCUUCCAACUUGGACCCAGUUGAGGGACAGGAAUUCGCUACCUUGUCCAAGGAACAGGCCCGGGCUCUGGAUUGGGCCAGAAGUAAGCUCAUGUUCUACUCUUAUUGUAAGGAUGUUUCAAGGUUCAAAGUCUUACCACCAGAAUGCAAGUGACGACUCUUUUUUUUUU